UUGGUCAAGUUGAAGGCAGCACUCAAAUAUCAGAAGAGGCCAGAACACAAUCUGAAAGGAGCAGACAGAGAGAAGCACAGAGAAAAUUUAAAAGAGAAACUUCUGAAAUCUUAAGCCAAUAGACUGCAUCAAGAUGUGGAAAAAGGCGAAAAUUUCAGAUCCAACUGCUGCCGGGCAAGGCGGACUGGAAAUCCUACCUCCCAAGAGACAAGGCAUCAAAAGGAGAUCUAAGGUCCCUGGUGUUAUGAUUACACAGUACGUUGAGGAACUUCCUGAGGGGAAGACUACUCCUGACUUCACACGUAAACCCAUCGCUUUAACCAUUCAAGAAGGAAAGCUAGCAAUUUUUAAAGCCAAAGUGAUUGGAGACCCGACGCCUACUGUAACAUGGCGUAGAGCCAAAGGAGAAAUGAAUGAUCCUCAAAAGUUUCAGAUCAAAUAUGACCCUGCAACUAAUGAGCAUACUUUGGAGAUACCCAAAGUAAGAGGCGAUGAAACUGAUACUUACAAAUGCUAUGCCUCAAAUGAGUAUGGAAAGGCUGUUUGCACUGUUGUCCUAAAUGUCAUUGAAGUUGGAUUCAAAAAGGACAAAGAACUGCAAAAAGCUAAAGGUGCUGUAGCAGAUGACCCAAAAGAAUUUAGAAAAAAGCUCAGGAGAAGUGCUGGCAAAAAAGAGGAGAAAAAGGAAGGUGACAUCGACGAGGCAGUAUGGGAUCUGUUGCUGAGUGCUGACAAGAAAGACUAUGAACGUAUCUGUGCUGAGUAUGGUAUCACCAAUUUCCGUGGCAUGCUGAAGAAACUGGUCGAGAUGAAGAAGGAAAGAGAAGAGGAGCAGGCACAGUUCAUCCAACAUAUCAGCAAUCUGAAACCUAUUGAGGUGAAAGCUGAGGAUGCUGCAACCUUUGAAAUGGAAUUGGAGCUCAAAGACCCCAACAGUCGCAUUUUUCUCUACAAGGAUGGUGUCAUGAUUCCAUACAGCAAAGAUGCUGAUUUAGAAAUGAAGCACUGUCUGAAACAAGUCGGCAAAAAGUAUGUCUUUACAGUUAAAAAUCUUAGUCCUGAUGAUGCUGGAAUUUACCAAGUGGAUGUUGAGGGUGUCAAUAUCUUUUCCACAGAUUUCAAGAUUCCCCCAGUGGACUUUGCACUAAAGAUUAAGGAGGUGAAGGCCCAGGAGAGAGAGGACGCCAUCUUUGAGUGUGUUUUAACUCAGCCCAUUAAUGAGAUUAUCUGGACCCUAAAGAACACUCCGCUCACUAACAAUGAGAAAUAUGAGAUUACUUCUUCAGAGGAUAAACUGGUCCACCGGCUGAAAAUCAUUGAUUGUAUGCCAGUAGAUGCAGGAAUUUAUGCUGCUCUUGCCGGCAUUAAGUCUUGCAGUGCUUGGCUGAUUGUAGAAGCUGACAAUGAUCCUGCCUCAAAGGGCAAGAAGAAGGCUCGUAAAACCACACAGGCUGGUGGUGGUGGUGAUCUAGAGAAGAUUGCUGCAGAGCAGGCAGAGAAGCACAAGAAGGAGAUGGCAGAAGCACUAGAGGCUGCUAAGAAGCUCCAGGCUGAACGAGAAGCAGCGGAGGCUGAAGCCAGAGCAAGAGCUGCAGCCGAAGCCGAAGCAGCAAGAGCGGCAGCUCAGAUGGCUGCAGCUCAGAUGGCUGCAGCUGCAGCGGCCGCAGCUGCUGCUAAAGCUGCAGAGGAUGCUCUUGCAGCAGCAAAAGCCAAAGGCAUUACCGAGGCAGAAGCUAAAGCUGCAGCGGCCGCAGCUGCUGCUAAAGCUGCAGAGGAUGCUCUUGCAGCAGCAAAAGCCAAAGGCAUUACCGAGGCAGAAGCUAAAGCUGCAGCAGAGGCAGCAGCACAGGCUGCAGCAGCAAAAGCCAAAGCAGAUGCUGAGGAGGUGGCCAGGAAGCAGGCAGAACUUAAGGCCAUAAGUGACGGCCUGAGUGCCGAGCAAGCUGCAGCAGCAGGCGCUGCAGCAGCUGCUGCACUGGUUGUUCAAGCAGCUGCUGCAGCAGCAGGUCUUGUGAGUAGUGGAGCUGGAGGUGAUGGUGCAGCAGAUGUAGGAGCGGUGUGGGCUGUAGUAGCUACUGGUGAGGGAGGAGCUGGAGGAGGCACAGGGGCUGAAGGAGCUUCAGGAGCUGGAGGAGCCAAUGGGGCUGGUGGAGCUGGAGGAGCCAAUGGGACCGUAGGAGCUGGAGGGGCUGGAGGAGCAGGAGGUGCAGGAGCUGCAAGAGCUGAUGGUUCGGGAGGAAGCGGUGGAGAUGCAGGAGGUGAAGAUGGAGACAAGAAACGUCAGAGAGAAGGACCUCUUGUGCCUGAGACUGUCAUAGGAAACUCAAACACACCCAGCACAGUUCCAGAUGUGAGCAGUGAGCAUUGUAAGCAGGAAGGGGAAGCUGUGGGCCGUACUCGUGUGAGGCAAGGUCCUCUGAUACCCGACACAGUGAUUGAUCCUGGGGUUCACUUUUCUGCUGGCCUGGAGGACUGCAAAGCUAUUGUGGGAGAGGCCGCUGAACUGGUCUGCAAACUUAGCAAGGCUGACUGUGAAGGUGUCUGGUCGAAAGAUGGCAAUGAGAUUACUGCCUCCACUGAGGGUAUGACAAUGACCAAAGACGGAGCUGUUCAUAAACUGAAAAUUGACAAAGCCACUGAAGAAUUUGCCGGAAAAUAUAGAUUUGAGGCUGAUGGCCGUAAAACCGAAUGUGUGAUUGUUGUUGAAGAUCCACCAAGAUUGGAUGCCAAAGAUGUUGAAGAAUUUGCUAAACCUGUUGUGAUCAAACACAAUCACAAAGCCACCUUCAAAAUGCCAUAUAUUGGCCGUGAGCCAUGCAAAGUUCAGUGGUACAAAGAUGGUGAGGAGCUUAUGUCAGACACUAACUGCAAGAUUGAGAUUUCAGAGGGUGAAAGCUGUCUGCUUCUCAACAAAUUACAGCGUAAAGACAACGGGGAGAUAAAAAUCAAAAUAAAAAAUGAGUUUGGCACCGCUGAAGCCCUUUCUAACUUAGUUGUACUUGAUAAACCAACCCCUCCACUUGGACCUCUGGAGAUUGUUGAAGCAUCUUCCAACUGUAUUGAGAUCAAGUGGAGACCACCAAAAGAUGAUGGUGGUUGCCCCAUUAAACAUUACGUACUCGAGCGCAAUCAAAUUGGACGCAACACGUGGAAGAAGAUUGGCCAGAUCCCAGGAGAACCCUACUACAAAGACUCUGAUGUUGACCAUGGCAGGAGAUACUGCUACCGUAUCAGGGCCCAGACUGAAGAGGGUAUCAGUGAAUUGAUGGAGACUGAGGAUGUUCAGGCUGGCACUAAAGCAUAUCCUGGUCAGCCAUCUGUUCCUAAAGUAGUCAGUGCCUUCAAGGACUGCAUUAACUUGACAUGGACUCCACCAGCCAACACUGGAGGAACCAAUAUUUUGGGUUAUAAUUUGGAGAAACGCAAGAAGGGCAGCAACUUGUGGGGCCUAGUCAAUCCACCAGAGGAACCAAUCAAAACAAAGAAAUAUGCUGUAAAAGAUGUAGUUGAGGGAAUGGAAUACGAGUUCCGUGUGUCGGCCAUUAACAUAUCUGGAGCUGGUGAACCCAGUACACCCUCCGAAUUCGUGUUUGCAAGGGAUCCAAAAAAACCCCCUGGUAAAGUCAAAGACCUCAAAGUGACAGAUUCCACCUACACUAACUUGUCCUUGUCUUGGACUAAACCAAAAGAAGAGCCAGGUAUUCAAGACGAUGCCAAGGGAUACUUUGUUGAUGUCCGGCCAGCUGAGAACACAGAAUGGGAUCGAUGCAACACAAAUGCUAUCAUCAUGACCACCUACACUGUAAAGGGAAUGAAAUCAAUGGGCAUGUAUUGGGUUAGAGUGAUCGCCGUCAAUGAAGGUGGAGAGGGUGAGCCACAAGAGCUGGAUAACUAUGUCUUGGCUAUGCCUCCUCCAGUGAGACCAAGAUUCACAGAUGCUAAAAUAAAGAGCUUUAUGGUGGUAAGAGCUGGAAAUUCUGCACGAUUCAACAUCAACUUUGAGGCUUCCCCAUGGCCUGAUGUCAUCUGGCUUAAAGAUGGUAUCCCUGUCUCCAAACGUGCCACUAUCAGCAAUGCUGAAGGAGGAUCUCAGAUUCUGAUCCCAUCUGCAGAGCGUUCAGAUUCAGGCAUCUAUACAAUCAUAGUCAAGAACGUUGUGGGUCAAGAGACCUUUAGUAUUGAGAUUAGAGUAACAGAUGAGCCAAAGCCCCCAGGUCCCGUGGAGUUGGAUGAGAAUGUGCCGGGCACUGUGACAGUUUCCUGGGAACCAUCCCCAGAUGAGAAACGUGAUGAUCGCUUGCAUUACAUGGUGACCAAGAGAGACUCCAGCAAGAGAACUUGGCACACAGUAGGAGACCGCAUCUUCAACAACCGCUUCACAGUCUGUAACAUCAUGCCAGGGAGAGAAUACCAGUUCCGCGUCUACUCCAAAAACGACAUUGGCUUGUCUGCCCCCUCCGAGUCGACAAAGUGGCUAAUCAUAUGCAAGAAAGAAAAAAUCACAUUGACCAUCCCUGAGUCGAAGACCUGCAACUUGGAGAGGCCUCCAAAAUUUAUGGUCCCACUGAAAAUCCAUUCAGCACCGCAAGGAUAUGAAUGCUACAUGAGCUGUGCAGUGACGGGUGAUCCCACACCCCAUGUUACCUGGUGCCGUGACAAUGUCAGUCUCAACACCAACACCAACUACCACAUCACUAACACCUGUGGAGUGUGCUCCAUGCUUAUUCUCAGGGUUGGACCCAAAGACACGGGAGAGUACAAAAUCAUUGCCGAGAACCCAUUAGGAAGAGCAGAGUGCUCCACCAUUCUCACAGUCAGAGAAUAAAACUAUGAAAUCAUGCGGUUAUCAAACCAUACUCCUUGCAAGUCAUUAUUUUGUUGGUUUUUGUGGAUCCUGUCUCUUUGUAGAAGUACAGCACUGAGUAAUUUUGGGAAAAGUUAUGUGGCAUGUGGAAAUGUUCUAGACUGUGUGGCUUUAUCUGACAAAUUCAGAUGGAUGACAAAAAUCAAAUGCAUGUGAAAGAUUGUAUAUUGUCUUACUGUAAUAAAUUGCAUGAAAACCUGACAGUCUUCUUUUACAUUAGUAACAAAACAUCUCUGUAAGUUGGUGCUAUGUUGGCUAAUGCUUAAUAUGAUGUGUUAACCUAGAAAUGUUUGUCAGUGACUUUGAAAUUAGUUCAGGUUUUUGGAGGUUUUAUUGUUGUUGUAUGAAAUUUUAUUUUUUGCUUUUUGUUCUUCUGGAAGUAUGUACCUUUCACAAAUGCAAUUACACUAUAUUAUGAUUAAGGAAUAAAAUAAGUGUAAAAAGUUUGUUGAUCUCACAUCUAUUUUCUUAGUUUUGCUUGUAUUGAAAGCUAAGAAACAAUUAAGAUAAAGAGUUUUAAGAUC